UAUAAAAAUAAAUUUUGUUUAUUCUAAAACAUCAACGGAUUAUUAUGCUAAAACGGAUUAUUAUAUACAACUGUAACAGUUCUACGAAAAAAGUUUGAUAUUUGGAUGAAAAUUUGUUGGAUUUAUUUUAGUUUCCCACAAUGUUUAAAACGAAUAAACAUAAGUGGCAAACAAUAUCACUUUAAAACGGCAUGCUAUUGAUAUGGCUGAUACCUACAUACCUAUGUAGGUACUGGGUAAAAAAUGUAAACUAAACUUUUUCAAAGAAUUUUCCACAUGAAUGCAAUACAGCUGCGUGAAUGCCCCUAUUUCUUUAAUGUGUUCCGUCUUAAUUGUGUGUAACACACCUUUUCGUACUUAUUUAUGUCCUUAUUAAAACAAACAAAAUGUAUUGCUAUUCACUCUGCUGCAUAAAAUUGAUGCUCCUUCGUCUGCGCGAAUACCCACUGCUGCUGCUGCUGUUGUGGCAUCUCCACAGACGAUGAAAUGGUAGGACUCAUUGAAGCUGCAGAGAAGAAAGCGCCCGAGGAGCUGACGGAGGAGGAUAAGAUGGCGUUAUUGGGUCGUCCCAAAUUGGGUGAGGUGGUGCGUGCUGAGUUGCGCAUCAAGGAGAGUAAGGAAUUUAAGAACACUGUGGAUAAAUUGGUGCAAAGGGCGAAUGCCUCACUUCUGAUUGGUACUUCGUCAUGGAAGGAACAAUUUGCGGAUGCGUUAACAGUGACUCCAGGCGAUGAUGAUGAUGGCAAUGGCGAAGGUGGUGAGGAUGAUGAGCCACAGUCACCCUCUUGCUUCGAUUACAUUUUGCAUUUCCUAACAAUCUUCUGGAAACUUAUUUUCGCAUUCAUACCCCCAACAGAUAUUGCCAACGGUUAUCUAUGCUUUGUUGUUUCGAUAUGUGGUAUCGGUAUGGUGACAGCACUAAUUGGUGAUGUGGCAUCGCAUUUCGGUUGUACGCUCGGCGUUAAGGAUGCGGUUACAGCGAUUUGUUUUGUGGCGCUCGGCACCAGUUUGCCCGAUACGUUCGCCAGCAAAGUGGCUGCCAUACAAGACAAGACCGCCGAUGCGAGUAUCGGCAAUGUGACGGGUAGUAAUGCAGUGAAUGUCUUCCUAGGUAUUGGCGUGGCGUGGACCAUGGCAGCCAUAUACCAUGAAUCGCAUGGACGCGCCUUUAGAGUGGAGGCGGGCACCUUGGCUUUCUCCGUGACACUUUUCCUAUCGGGAGCCGUGAUUGCCAUGUUCCUGAUAAUGUAUCGACGUAAGAAGUCAAUAGGUGGUGAACUGGGCGGACCAUCACCACAAAAAUACAUACAUAGCGCCAUUUUCUUCAGUCUGUGGUUGGUCUACUUAAUAAUGAGCACUUUGGAAGCAUACGGAGUCAUCCAAGGAUUCUAAGGAGCACAAACAACAACAACAGUCAGAUGACGCUGAUGACUACAUACUACAUUACUUGCAUAUAUACUUACUUUCCUUUAAAUAAAAGCAAAACCAAAACCCCACAAACUGCAUACAGACAUACAUAGAUACAUAAAUACAUAUAUACUUAGUUAGAAAAGCAUGCAAAACAUCCUACAUAAACAAAAAAUAUAAAUUAACAUAAACAAAAAAUUAAUAAAAAAAAAUUGCUCGUAUUUCAUAGAAAGAGCAAAAGAACCGUUUCAAAGAAUGAAAAAAGUGCAAAAAGGUUUUGAAAUAUCUCAAAAAGAAGAAUAAAUUUAGAGAAAUCAAUAGCUAAAUUAAAUGAACGAUUAGCACACUCUUAAGGCUUGUUUUCACUAUGUCAAAUUCAAUGGCAUUUAUCGUUAAAUAUGUAAAUGAAAGCACAUUGUCAAAUGGGAUUAACAAGACCGUAUAUCGAUUGAUUUAGAUAUUGAAAGGUUGUGCCAAGUCGGCUAUAUGUACGUUUUUGGU